AUGCGAUUUAACUUGCAAAGUCGCCUGGGACUGGGUUCCCUCUGUGCGUCGGUGUUUUCUUUCUUGUGUGGCGACCAGGGCCAUGUCUCCUAUCAUUCGGCCCUUCCGCCAUCUUACCCGCUGGCCGUCCGCAAUCCCUAUCUGUCGACCUGGAUGCCCAGUGAUCGCGUCAAGCAAUUGCCUUAUGCCGAACCGCAGUUCUGGGCGGGGCAGGAACUCGGCUGGUCGGUUCUUGUGCGUGUAGAUGGCCAAACGUACAGUUUGAUGGGCGUGCCAGACCCAGGCACCAACAAUAUUCGUCCUGCCACCGUGCACCACGCCGAGUAUACCGCCACUCACUCCCUCUUCCAUCUUACUGCUGGGCCGGCGGAGGUCACAUUGGACUUUCUUUCUCCGGUCUCGCCUUCGAAUUAUCUUCGGCAAUCGCUCCCUUUCAGUAAACCAUCCUCAUGGUUCCUGAUAAAUUCUUUUAAGCUAAUUUAUGAGCUGGCAGGCUAUUUGACGGUCCAUGUGUCCGAGUCGCAAGGCCAAAAUAUCCAAAUUUACUCCGACAUCGAUGGUCGGUGGACUGGCCAGGACGAAGGCUCGGCGCGCGACUUUGAAGAAAAGGCCGGGCUUGCGAUUUACUCGCUCACGGUACCUAAUGCAACGACAUAUGCCGAGAUUGACGAUAUGGCUCUAUGGGGCCAAGUAGUCUUCACUUCCCGCCCUUCUGAUCUCAGCAAUCUGUCUGCACUCUCAGGGAGUCCCGAUGUGGUUCGAGGGUUGUUUGCGAAAAAGGGAAAGCUUUCUAGCCAGGAAGGGUUGUGGGCUCCGGGCAGUGUCGUUGGCCUGGCACAUGAGUUGGGCCAAGUCACCGGUGGUGCCUCUGUGAAUUUUGUCGUUGGGUACGAAAGAGAGGCGGCCAUCAACUAUCUAGGUAAGGCAUACACCGGGUACUACCGAGCCGGGUAUCCGACGACCCCGGAGGCGCUCUCAUUUUUCAUGGAGGACUAUGGAAAUGCCCUUCUGGAGUCCCUGAAGCUGGAUCAAGAACUAGUUGGCUCGGCCACAGCCGCGGCUGGUCCCAAAUAUGCGGAUAUUGUCGCCCUCUCGACACGACAAGCAUACGGUGGAAUUGAUGUGACCAUCCCGAACGAGUCGCUUGAGACGGACAACGUACUGGCAUUCAUCAAGGAACUAUCCAGCGAUGGAAAUGUCAACACCAUCGAUGUGAUCAUGCCGGCCUUCCCCAUCUACUAUGUCUUAGAUCCAGACUACAUCCGCCUGCUGUUGGAGCCCGUGAUGAAGUACUUGGCUGCGGACCGCUGGCAUCUGCCCUACGCCAUUCACGAUAUUGGAUUCCACUAUCCACAUGCCAUUGGACACGAUAACCAGAAGGCCGAGCCAAUGCCAAUUGAAGAAAGCGGUAACUUACUAAUUCUGGCGCUCGCCUACGUCCGCGCGACUGGCGACAUCAGCUGGGCAGCUCAAUACAUCCAAAUCUUCCAGAAAUACGCCGACUACCUGGUGGACAACAGCAUCAAUAUUGCCAACCAACUCUCCUCCAAUGACGCCGCUGGGCCUCUCCCCAACGAGACCAAUCUGGCCAUCAAAGCUGCCGUGGGACUCAAGGCGUUCGGUGAACUCAGCGGCAUGGACUACUACUCCCAAGUCGGCGAGCAGCAUGCAGAUCUGCUCUUCGAGCAAGGCCUGGGCACCGAUGAUGACAAGACCCACUUCGUGCUACAGUACCCCGAUCUCCCAGAAACAUGGAAGGCCCCAUACAACCUCUAUCCGGAUGUGUUGCUGAAACUGAAGACAUUCCCAGAGGCCGCGUAUCAAAUGGGAAGCGAGUUCUUUUCUUCUUCGCGGGGCGAGUACGGUGUUCCAUUAGACAACCGCCAGGACUGGGCCAAGUCCGACUGGAAUAUGUGGCUGGCCGGUACCUUUGAGACGAGCACGCGGGACGAGUUCGUCGACGACCUGUGGGCAUUCAUGACCAACGGCAAGCACACCUGGCCGUUUUCUGAUCGAUAUGUCGCGACAUCGGCACUUGGCAAUGAGCCCGGCGUCCCGGUGCUGUGUCGGGCUCGUCCGACUGUCGGUGGCCACUUUGCGCUGCUAGCCCUGGAAGGACCCCGAUCAAUUCGAUCUUUGUUUGAGCCUGAGUACUUGCCGGGGGCCGUAAAUAAACAGGGUCAGAAACUACAGCAUGUCUUCGAUAACCAUAUUGAGGAGCUGUGA